UGCCGCGUCGUGCCUUUCUGGGUUCUUUCAAUGGGGGGAGAAGAAGAUAUCAUCUUAGAGACUAGAAAUUAAAACCCCGAACUCUCUCUCUCCUUCCCAAUCUCCUCCCUUUCAAUUCCUCCAAUCUCCACCGUCGGUCUCCAGGUAACUCGUUCCCAAACGAUCAGCGUCUAGGGUUUUUCCGUUGGUCUGAGAGAAAUCAGGGCUGAUUUCUCUGAUACUGUCUUCUUCUUCUAGUACUUUUGAAGCGAAUCUCGGAUCGGAUGGGGAAGGGAUCGAAGAUGGGCUGCAAAUCGGCGUCCCACCAGCUCUUCAAAGACAAGGCCAAGAACCGCGUCGACGAUCUGCAGGGCAUGUUCACGGAUCUGCAGUUCGCACGGAAGGAGAGCCGUGUGAGCGAUGUCGCCGUGCUGGAGGAGCAGGUCCACCAGAUGCUGCGUGAGUGGAGGGCCGAACUCAACGAGGCCUCUCCCGCUUCGUCCCUGCACGGGAAUAGUCUGGGUUCGUCGAAUCUGUCUUCAGAUAUCCGGCGUCUGUUGCAGCUAUGUGAGGAGGAAGACGAUGCGACAAGUGCGUUAGCAGCACCAGCAGGCCCGAAGCCUGAGCCUGAUGUGCAUGGUGUUCAAGUUGGAGGAGAUAACGCUGCCUUUCAAGAUGCAUCCUUGCAGGAAUAUUUUGUGAAUCAGGCACCACAAGCAUGUGGCUUUCAAGAAGUUGAUCAUUGCAAAGGCACCCCUUCUGCGGGGUUGCACCACACUGUCAUGAAUACUCAGUUGGAGUAUCAUCAAUUUGAUCUGCAUCAAGACUUUCCGCAUAACAUUUUUAUUGGUUGCUAUGGUACUGGGCAAUGCGGAGAGGAUGCUAUUCCUAAUAUUUCCACCUUCCCACCAAGAAUAUGCCCUUCGCCCUCUGCUUUCCUAGGGCCAAAAUGUGCACUCUGGGACUGUCCCAGGCCUGCACAAGGAGCAGACUGGUGUCAAGACUAUUGCAGUAGUUUUCAUGCUACUCUAGCAAUGAAUGAAGGUCCACCUGGUAUGACUCCGGUCCUUCGACCUGGGGGCAUUGAUCUGAAAGAUGGUCCUCUCUUUGCUGCUCUCACUGCAAAGACGCAAGGAAAAGAUGUGGGUAUUCCAGAAUGUGAGGGAGCUGCAACUACAAAGUCUCCGUGGAAUGCUCCUGAGCUCUUCAAUCUUUCCGUUCUUGAGGGUGAGACUAUUAGGGAAUGGCUCUUCUUUGAUAAGCCACGAAGAGCCUUUGAGAGUGGGAACAGAAAGCAAAGAUCAUUGCCUGAUUACAGUGGGCGUGGUUGGCAUGAAUCAAGGAAGCAAGUGAUGAAAGAAUUUGGAGGGCUGAAGAGGUCUUACUACAUGGACCCACAGCCAUUGAACAAUUUUGAAUGGCAUCUCUAUGAGUAUGAAAUCAAUAAUUGUGAUGCUUGCGCUUUAUAUAGGCUUGAACUCAAGCUUGUUGAUGCAAAGAAGAGCCCCAAAGGAAAAGUAAGCAGUGAUUCCCUUGUGGAUCUACAGCAACAGAUGGGGAGGCUGUCUGCUGAGUUUCCCGCAGAUAACAAGAGGUCUGUUAAGGGUAGAGCAAAAGCUAAUCCAAAGGACAGCGCUGGGAAUGUUUAUCCUGCUCCAAACCAGAUGGCUCCUGUAAAUGAAAAUAUUGGGUAUGAAGUAAAUGUACCGUACGGUUAUUUGGUUGAGAGUCUAAAUGACUACUAUGGAACAUAAACGAGGAGUUUCUGGAAGCACAAUGAAGGAGGCAGCAUUUUAUUAUCCGUAGCUGAUGUGCUUCACUUUAAACAACUGACUGGCUGCAAUUUCCUGAAAAGUCAUCAAUUUUCAGUUUCUGGUCUUCUAUAACACUAAGCCAACCUCAUCAUUUGUGGGGGACAUUGCACAUAGUCUACUGGCAUCUGGAAGUGUUGCUGUUUUAGUGUUCUUCUGGAUGCCAGAGUAUUAUCUAUGGUGCUGAUUGGUGGACAACAGUCAACACAGUCUUUAACUGUAUAACUGUAUUUGCUCGAUACAGUCUUUAACUGGGAGUAGGAGGACAAGGGUAAAUGUUAUGUGACAAAUAGUGUCACCAGAAUUGUAUAGAGAGGAGGGUGCAAAUGUGGCGACAGGUUUUUCCUCGCAUUGCAUAUAAUUAGUACUUUCCAUGUCCACUAUAAGAGCUGACCCUGCUUCGGAAAGGGCUUGCUAAGAUCCUUGUAUGGCGAUGCUAAUAAAUACAAUGUUCUCUGGGUUGACUGUUUGUCCA